AUGAGCGCGCCCAUGGUGCGCAUGCCGGACGGGCGAUUAAUGCAACCGCAGAUCGUGUUGUUGAGAGAAGGUACCGAUAGCUCGCAAGGUCGUGGGCAGUGUGUGUCGAACAUUAACGCGUGCUGCGCCGUGGCGGAUACCGUGCGGACGACGCUCGGACCGCGCGGGUUGGACAAGCUCGUGAGGGAUAAACGAGGUAACACGACAAUCUCGAACGACGGGGCGACGAUCAUGAAGCUGUUGGAGAUCGUGCACCCGGCGGCGAAGACGUUGGUGGACAUCGCGAGGGCGCAGGAUAGCGAAGUGGGCGACGGGACCACCACCGUCGUCAUCAUCGCGGGCGAACUCUUAAAGGAGGCCAAGGCGUUCGUGGAGGAAGGCGUGCACCCGAUGAACAUCAUCAAGAGCUUUCGCGAGGCGUGCGACUUGGCGACGGAGCGAGUGAAGGCGUUGUCGACCUCGAUCGAGGGAACGAGCGCGGAGGAGAAGGAUGAGCUCUUGAAGAAGUGCGCGAUGACGACGCUGAGCUCAAAGCUCGUGGGCGGGGAGAAGGAAUUUUUCGCGGACAUGUGCGUUCGCGCGGUGCGGUCGCUUGAUCAAGACUUGUUGGACCCGAGGAUGAUCGGUGUAAAGAAAGUCAUGGGCGGUGGAAUGACGGACUCGUUCCUAGUCGACGGUGUGGCGUUCAAAAAGACGUUCGCCUACGCCGGUUUUGAACAGAUGACGAAGAAGUUUGCGCAGCCGAAAAUCCUGGCGCUCAACAUGGAGCUCGAGUUGAAGAGUGAGAAGGACAACGCCGAGGUGCGUCUGAGCGACCCCACCAAAUACCAGGAGAUUGUCGACGCGGAGUGGAACAUCAUCUACGAGAAGCUCGACAAGUGCGUCGCCUCCGGGGCGAACAUCAUCCUGAGUAGGCUCGCCAUCGGCGACUUGGCGACGCAGUAUUUCGCCGAUCGCGGUUUGUUCUGCGCCGGUCGCGUCGACGCCGAGGAUUUGCAGCGCGUCACCAGAGCCACGGGCGCGCCGGUGCAGACGACUGUGAAUAAUAUCACGACCGCGCAGCUGGGAACGUGCGAGAUGUUCGAGGAGAUUCAGGUUGGGAACGAGCGAUACAACAUCUUCAGAGGAUGUCCGCAGGCGAAGACGUGCACGCUCGUCUUGCGCGGUGGCGCCGAGCAGUUCAUCGAAGAAGCGGCUCGGUCUCUGAAUGACGCGAUUGAAAUCGUACGUCGCGCGGUGAAGAACGCGACCGUCGUCCCCGGGGGCGGUGCAAUCGACAUGGAGGUGAGUAAGUACUUGCGAAAGCACGCGCGUGGCGUGGCGGGCAAGUCGCAACUCUUCAUCGACGCCUUCGCCAAGGCUUUGGAGAUCAUUCCGAGGCAGCUCUGCGACAACUCUGGGCACGACGCGACGGAUAUUUUGAACAAGCUUCGCGCAAAGCACGCGGGUGAUGACGGCGCAAACUUCGGCGUCGACGUGAACGAGGGGGGCAUUUGCGACACGUACGAGCGCUUCAUCUGGGAGCCAAGUAUGGUUAAAAUCAACGCCCUGAACGCGGCGACCGAGGCAACGUGCAUGAUUCUCUCCAUCGACGAGACGGUUCGUAACCCGAGAAGUGAGGGCGCCGAAGAGGGCAUGGGCGGCGGCGGCCGCGGCAUGCCGAUGGGCGGAAGAGGCAUGGGCGGAAGAGGCAUGGGCGGAAGAGGAAGAGGAAGAGGCCGAUAG